CAGGCCAGGCUCCUCACCCUCCUCCUCCUGCAGCAGCUCCUGGAGCGCCAGCUUCCUCAGCCCUGAAAUCAUGGCCCUAGGGCUCCUGUGGCUGGGCCUCACCCUGCUGGGGGUCCUGCAGACCCAGGCCCAGGACUCUGCCCAAAACCUGAUCCGGUCCCCACCUUUGCUCAGAAUCCCGCUGCAGCCCGACUUCCAGGAUGACCAGUUCCAGGGGAAGUGGUACGUUGUGGGCCUGGCUGGGAAUGCAAUCAGGAAAGAAAAGCAAGGCCAGGUUAAGAUGUACGCCACCACCUACGAGCUGAAAAACGACGGCAGCUACAACGUCACCUCCACCCUGCUCCGGGACGAAGGCUGUGACCACUGGAUCAGAACUUUUGUCCCAAGUUCCCUGCCUGGCCAGUUCAACCUGCGCGGCAUUAAACGUUAUCCUGGAGUGCAGAGCUACACCGUGCGAGUGGUGGCCACCAACUACAACCAGUAUGCCAUAAUGUUCUUCAAGAAGUUUUACAAAAACCAGGGUUACUUCAAGACCACCCUCUAUGGGAGGACCAAGGAGCUGCCCCCUGAACGGAGGGAGGAAUUCAUCCACUUUGCGAAAUCCAUUGGCCUCACCGAUGACCACAUCAUCUUCCCUAUCCCUAUCGGUAAGGCCCAG